GACAGGUUUUAUGUUACAAAAGGAGAGAAACUAUUUUAUUUUAUUUUAUUUUAUUUAAACCAAAUUCUGUAGGUAUUUUACCUUAGCCUAUCCGGUCAUGACAAUUUUCUUAUAGAGGAUUAUUUGGAGUUCCUAUGUCUGAAUUUAUUUUAACAGUGGCAAUGCUCGCCAUAACAUGAAAAUAAUUUUCGUCCAGUACCAAAAUCCACCCCUUCUCUCUCCCUAUCUCUCAUUUCUCCCUUUCCUUUCCCUUCCAUUUCUCUCCUCAUAUAUAUAUAUUAAACAACUGCAGCAGCAGCCAAAUCUCAUCAUCCUCUCCUCUUUAAAUCUCACAAUUCAAUUCAAUCAAAUCCAGUUUCUAUGAAUUCUAUUAUUUUUAUUUUUGGGUUUUGUUUUUUUUUUCUUUUUCUUGUUUAUUAGUUUCUGAUUUGAUACAAUUUCUUGAUUGAAUUAUUGAAUCGACUUGGGUUUUGGAUCCGUUUUUUAUUUGUAUUCUCGUAGAAAAAAAUAUGAGGGGCAGAGAUGGAAGGAUUGAUGAUGAUAAAUCUAUGAGAGUAUAAAAACAAUUAUAAGGAUUUUAUAAUUGAAUUCAAUAAAAUAAGUUACAUAAUAAUAAUAAUAGUAAUAAUAGUAAUAAUAAUUCAGGAUGCCAGGAUUAAUUCAGAGAAAUGAUCAAUUUAGUAAUGCAACAUCAUCCGGAGGCUCUUACUCAAUUUCUGCUAAUUCGUUCUGGUCUAAACACCGUGAUGAUGUUAGCUUCAAUCAGCUCCAGAAGUUCUGGAGUGAGCUGCCACCACAAGCUCGACAGAAGCUACUGAGGAUAGACAAGCAAACCCUGUUUGAGCAAGCUCGUAAGAACAUGUACUGUUCUAGAUGCAAUGGGCUAUUGCUUGAAGGUUUUAUGCAGAUUGUCAUGUAUGGUAAGUCUUUGCAGCAGGAAGGAGGUGCUGGGCACCUUCGUUGCGAUAUACUGGAUGCCUCAAAAAAUCUAAAUGAUUGUGGAUCACAUGUAACAAAUGGGUGCCAAGAUGAAAUUCAAGAUCCAUCUGUCUAUCCUUGGGGUGGUCUAACGACCACGCGUGAUGGAUCGUUAACGCUUUUGAAGUGCUACUUGUUUUCAAAGUCUCUGAAGGGACUCCAAAAUGUAUUUGACAGUGCACGUGCAAGGGAGCGGGAAAGGGAAUUGCUCUAUCCUGAUGCCUGUGGUGGGGGAGGUCGGGGUUGGAUUAGCCAAGGAAUGGCAAGUUAUGGUAGAGGACAUGGAACAAGAGAGACGUGUGCACUGCAUACUGCCAGGCUUUCUUGUGACACAUUAAUGGAUUUCUGGUCAGCACUUGGAGAAGAAACCCGGCAGUCUCUUUUAAGGAUGAAGGAAGAGGAUUUCAUAGAGAGCCUCAUGUGCAGGUUUGACAGCAAGAGAUUUUGUAGAGAUUGUAGAAGGAAUGUUAUUCGUGAAUUUAAGGAGCUAAAGGAGCUGAAACGCAUGCGACGAGAACCUCGCUGCACUAGUUGGUUUUGUGUUGCAGAUACUGCCUUUCAAUAUGAGCUAUUUUCUCAGGUGUCUGAUGAUUCUGUCCAAGCUGAUUGGAACCAGACUUUUUCGGACACUGUUGGAUCAUACCAUCACUUUGAAUGGGCAGUUGGCACAGGAGAAGGAAAAUCUGACAUUCUAGAAUUUGAAAAUGUUGGCAUGAAUGGAAGUGUUCAAGUCACUGGUCUAGAUCUUGGUGGUUUGACUGCAUGUUUUAUUACCCUUAGGGCUUGGAAAGUUGAUGGCCGCUGCACUGAGCUUUCUGUAAAAGCUCAUGCACUAAAGGGUCAACGAUGUGUGCACUGCAGGCUUGUAGUAGGUGAUGGUUUUGUUACAAUUACUAGAGGGGAAAGUAUCCGAAGUUUUUUUGAGCAUGCUGAAGAGGCCGAGGAAGAAGAGGAUGAUGAUUCCAUGGAUAAGGACGGAAACGAAUUUGAUGGAGAAUGCUCCCGGCCCCAAAAGCAUGCGAAGAGUCCUGAACUUGCUCGAGAGUUUCUUCUAGAUGCUGCAACAGUUAUUUUUAAGGAAAAGGUUGAAAAGGCUUUCAGAGAAGGAACUGCUCGCCAAAAUGCACACAGCAUCUUUGUUUGUCUUGCACUAAAACUACUGGAAGAUCGGGUCCAUGUUGCAUGCAAAGAAAUCAUUACAUUGGAAAAGCAGAUGAAGCUUCUUGAAGAAGAGGAAAAGGAAAAGCGUGAAGAAGAAGAGCGCAAGGAGAGAAGAAGAACAAAAGAAAGAGAGAAAAAGCUUCGAAAGAAGGAGAGGUUAAAAGGGAAAGAAAGGGAUAAAGAGAAGAAAUGUCCUGAAUCAAAUGAUAUUACCAUGCUUCCUGAUAUCUUAAAGGAUGGAUCAUCACCAAGUGUUGAUGAAGAACUGAACACCAUCUGCUGUAGGGAUUCACUAAGUGAAACAGGCAAUAUUUCUCUGUCCAGGCCUGGAUCUCCUGACAUUCAAGAUGAACAGUUUUCAUAUGGAUUUGAGACCUGUAUAAUGGAAAAAGAUUCAUAUGAUAGUCCUAAUGGGAAGGUUGCAAAUUUGAAAGAAGGGACUGGCUCUUUUUCAACUGAACAAGCAAAAUAUUCUCGCCGAAGAUUGAAAUUGCGGAAAGAAGUUCAACUUGAUUCUUUUUUGAAGUGGCCUGAUAGACGCCGAUUUGCAGUUAUUUCAGAAAGUGGGGCGGUGGUUAAUAGAUCAGAGUUAAGACAUCACAGUGAUGAUUGUGACACUCCUUCUAGGCCUGUUAAUGGAUUGUAUAGGCAGUCAAGGAUCAAUGGUCCAAAGUCCAAUGGUCGAAAUUGUGGCCUCAAGUUUGGUGAAAACUUUCAUUGUCCCCACAGCAGGAUGAAUGAUAGAUAUGACUUCCAUUCUUGCAGCUGCCACCAGAACAUUGAAUGCAGGGUAAAGGUUGAACCACAUGUUUCAUCAUUAAGAGAGGACCGAGAGAGCAAAUCUGUUGGCAAGUCAGAAACAGUGAUGGAUAUGUCCAAGCAGUUCUAUCGUGGUAACAAAUAUAGUCCAGUAGAUCACAUCCGUGAAGGUUGUGGAAAAAUCAAAAGCAAAUCCAACAUGGGAAACAAUCCUAAGAAAGUUUGGGAGCCUGUAGAAUCACGAAAGAAGUAUUCUUGGAGCAGCUCAGACUCUGAUGUCAUCAUGAGCUCAUCUACUAAGGUUGAAGCUGUGGAUCUGGAUAGUAAACUCUUCAAGUCAUCUGGUGAGACAUGUUCCAGUGAAGUUACUGGAAAUUCCAUUGAAAUUGAUCAUGAUGAGAAUAACAUGAACGAAUCAAGGGACUGUAGCCUUGAAACUGUUGAAGACUGCCAGGGUGGAUACCAUGAGGAAGUGAAUGGUUGCUACUCAACAGAAACUGCUUAUGAGGAAAUCAUUUCAUGUCCUGAAAAAAAUUUCGCAUCGUCUGAGACUUCUGAUCCUAGCAUUGGAAGCACUUUGAGUUCUGAUAACUGUUCAUCUUGCCUUAGUGAGGGAGAUAGCAAUACAGUUUCUUCAAACAAUGGACAUCUCGAAUCGUCUUCCACUUCAGAUUCAGAAGAUGCCUGUCAACAAUCAGAAGGAAGAGAAACUUCAACAUGCAGUGGAAAUGCUUUCUCCAAUUGUAAUGAAGUGGGGCUGGACAAGAGACCGAGUACAAAUGGAGCUGAGGUGUUUGGAAGCAGGGAACCUUUUGUGCUUCAACCAGAUGGUCAAAGAAUGAACAUUUUGGGAAAUCCACCGACAACAACUGUCCAAGAUCCUGAAAAUGGAAUACCUGCUGUCAGUAUGGGUCUGCAACAUCAAGUUGUGUUUCCACCUUUGCAUAACCAUAACUUACAGUUUCCAUUGUUUCAAUCUCCUUCAACAAUGGGCUACUACCAUCAAACUCCAGUCUCUUGGCCGGCAGCUCCAGCCAAUGGAUUAAUGCCCUUCCCCCAUCCUAACCAUUAUCUAUAUGCUGGUCCUCUUGGCUAUGAUUUAAAUGGAAACUCCCGCAUUUGUAUGCAAUAUGGUUCAGUGCCGCAUUUGGCAACUCCUGUGUUUAAUUCUGGUCCAGUUCCAGUGUAUCAGCAGGGAGAAUACUUGAACUCAGAGGUUCGAACAGAGACAAGUAUGAUGCAGGAAAAUUUAACUGAAGCUAAUAAGGAGAGGAUGGUUCCAGCCAGAUCACAUUCAAACGAAGCACCACCAAGUGGAGAAGGUGGGAAAAUUGAUAGUUCUGCCAAAUUGCACAACAGUAAUACUGGAUUUUCCUUGUUCCAUUUUGGUGGACCUGUCGCUCUCUCAACAGGAUGUAAGUCAGAUCCUGUACCUUCAAAAGAUGGAAUUGCUGGAGAUUUAUCUUCAAAAGUCUCGGCCGAUGAAAAUGAUCCAGCGUGCAAUAAGGAGACUGCUAUGGAAGAAUACAACUUGUUUGCAGCAAGUAAUGGCAUAAGGUUUUCAUUCUUCUAAUAUAUUCUUAAGAAGUUGUGAGGUGGUUGUUUGGUACCCUAUCUUCUUAUUUCGUAUUGGAAGUUUGAUCACCGUGUAAGCCAGUAGACAAUAAUCUUCCUCCGAGAAAUUCCAAUUUUAGCAAUAGUUCUCUCA